AUGCCUACUGAGGUAGGUUUAAUUGUAAUUUAUCAAUCGAUCGAUCCAUUGAUUGAAUAGGAUAGGUUGACUGAUUGAUUGAUCGAUGGACUGAUUGAUCAUGGUUAACUUGGAUUUUUGUAAUCGCAUCAACACACAUUAGCUUGAUUGAUUAUCAGUCUCUCUUAAUGAUAUGUUCAUUUUAAAAGUGCAAUGAAUUGUCUCCUUACCUUCUUCAGUUAAUUACUAGUCUGUUUAUUUCCAGUCAAGUGUUGACGAAGCCAGAUAUCUGCUAGCAUCCAGACGAGGCUCUUCACCAUCCGCUUAUCAAUGCAUACGCAGUAGAAGCCUUGACAUGGUAGCAGAGGAACAGCCGUCUGAUUCCGCACAUGAGAGCAACACAAGUACGCCACCUGCCUCUCUUGGACUUCCUCGGUACCGAACUAGGUCACGCAGUCUUGACACCGGCCUUAAAAAAAGAAAUAAUUUCUCUGCUUUCAAAGAAUCUCUCAAGGUAAUAUUGGGAAUGGAACAAUAGGCAUGAUCCCCAUUGCCUGUGUUCACACUAUGCGCCAUCAACGUAUCCGUGCUCAUGAGGGUGUUAUUUCUGUUUCCGGCCUUUUUUUCAUUUCGGAAUAAAGGGGAUAGUUUCUAAAGAAACUGUGGUGUUGCGUUGGUGGGGGAGAGGGGUAUUCCAAGAGAAAAUUUAGUUUCAUCAACUAAGUCGAUAAUCUGUUAUGAUAACAUAGACUCGAAGGUCCUAAUAAACUGUAACAAUUCGUCUCAAUGUUUCAGUUACGUGACGUGCAAAAAACAAGGCUUGGUACGUGAGAGAAGAUCUGUGGCCAGCAAAAUUGGAAAAUUUGCAGUAAACGUCGUCAGGCUUGAAUUGAGGGCAACCCAAAAGAAGUUACUGCAAGUUAUUAAGACCUCUGUUGUUCCUUCUGCGGUCUACUGCGAAUGUCUUGGUGGUCUAGUUUAUGUUAUGCAAUGGCCCGUACGCGAACGCAACGGAAUACGAUUUCCUGUUGGCUUGAUGGAAGCAUUUUCCCGACUUAAGAGGAAUUUAGAUUAAUUUUCGAAGACCUUUUUAUAAAUUUUGAAAAGUUGAUAGAAUAUGGAGUAAAUUUGUUUUACAGAGCAGAACAUUUAAGUGCUCAAACAAAUUAAUAUGUUUGGCUUUUUGGGUGUUAUGAAUAAUUUAACAACUGAACAAUGGAAACUUACCGGUAAAGACGUUUUUUAACUAAUUAGCCCGUUUCAGUUCGUUACUUUUUUGUAACAAAAUUUCAGUAUACGUUUUGCAGGUUCAAGUUCAACUGGUUUUUUUGAAAAAAACAUAUUAAACAAUUCAACUCAGUUUGAAUGUUAACAUUUGAGAAACAAAAAUUGGUUAAAUGACAUGAAAUCUACGUUCAACUUUGUUUUGCCAUAUACUCGGACGGUAUUUUAUACGAUAGAUUUUUAAGAGGGACGUCUGUGAGGAAGACCGAGUUGUAAAUCUUGGUGGGUUUGCUCUUCAUGGCAGUCACCAAAUAUAAAAUGGACACACGGGAUGUUGAAGAGCACUCUCGUUUCAGUGCCGGUCUCUCAAUUGGACGAAAAUGUUUUCAAAGAGCAUCGAGUGCGUAGUGCUGCCAAGUUGAGUGCAGCGAUGCGCCUUUCACACAGAUCGAUUACCACGAAAAACAAACCUGCAAGCGAGUCCAGCUUAAAAGCAUGAAAUCCUCAAGGAUAUGAAGACAGCAUGGAAUGUCAUCAACCGUCUGGUCUGUCACUAACUUGCAAUUUUUCUGCCGCGAGUCUCACGCCGUAUGCGCGGUCCUGAGUCGGUGGGUAUUUAAUCAGUGGAAAAGGUUGCAACUCAUACAGUUUGACCAUUCGCAAGGAACUUACUUGAAUCCUCUUGCUGACAAGAUCUUUCCAGUCCAGCUAUUAGCCAUCUACUUACAAACCAAAAAUUAAGCCGAUCUUAACUUCUCACUCCUGCGAUUUUUUUUGCCCGAUUUUUGCGGCUUUACACGUGCUAAAGAAUGGAGCAUCAAAGCCGUGUGAGGCCUGGCCACUAGAAGCUCCAUCCACCACUUAUCAUUUAGCGCACACCAAACCGUGAAACUCAGGUAAAACAACUGACAUGGCAAGCCACACAUGACUGUUUCCCUUCGGUUAGUUAUGACCCAGGAAGGCUCGAUUAAAAACGGGUCGCUGAAAAAUUAUUUCAAUCAACCCGCCCUCAUAUUGAGUAGCUCACAUCGAAAUUGUUUAUUCUUGCCACAUGCCCCCUCCAAAAUAAGCCUACACUAUCCCCAACCACCCCCCCCCCUUCUGAUAAUUAUUUGAUGCGUGUUCCAGCAUUUUUUAAAUGAAAUCGAAAGUGCACGUACAUAAAGAUGAGAUGAGAUGAGAUGAGAUGUACAUAAAAGUUAAAAGUAUGAAGCCAAAAUACUGAACAAGAACGCAAUUUAUCUCUCACUUUCAAGCAUUUUUGUUUCAACACAAGUGUAAAAUUUACUUCAGAACCUCGGUUUUACAUGUUUUAUUUGAAAUGUUUGAAGUUAACUAAAACACACACACUCUGACAACUUUAAAAAAAUUACUGACCUUCGGUUUAGUUUCUUCUCGGAAAAUGAAGCGAAAUAUUUGAAUUUCGCCCUCAAGGUCUUUGAAGACAACUGCAUGAUUUUUAUUCUUCGUAGCUUGCUAUGAGCAAAGGCCCGCCAAUAAUCUUCAUUACAUUGUGUAAUGCACAAGAAACUUUUUCAGCAUUCUGAAGAGGCUUGCGAAAUCCAUAUGCCUGCUUUGGAUAAAGUCUUUUCAUGGCGUUUUCGCACAUGAAAAUUUUUCGAACAUUAAGGAGAUGUUUUGCAAAAAUUUUGAUCGAUGGUGGACGGCCGCGUCCAAAUUUCCCGCCCUCCUUGAUGUCAUCGUAACCUCACUUCUAUGAAGCCAAUAAAUGCAAGCUAUAACCAGAUAUGGUUCUUUUGAGAUGCACUGUCUUCUUAGCUUUUUCUUCGUGAAAACUAAAAAAUGCAGCUAUUUUUUCGAGAAUCAGGUUAGUACUCUAUAUUUUUAUUGAAAAGAAAGAGGUUUGUUUUUCCCACUUCUCUUUCGACAUUUUUGACCGUGAAGUACUGAGGCUCUUUGCCUUCAACUCUCGCACAUGCGCAAGACCAUGCGCAAUAAGAUUUUCAUUUCGCGCCAGAUUAGAAAUUUUCCGCCAUUAAUGUGAACAAUGACGAAUGUGGAGAUCUCGAAGCAUCGUGCCUGACUUGAUUUCUUGGAUCAAUCUCUGCCUUUUCCACGGCCCUUUAAACAGUUCAUGUGGUCUUCUGAAUAGUGAUUAUGGCAAAAGUUCACAUCAUCGAUGUGACAAUUGGCCAAAAUCCGUCUUCGUUCUGCAGUGACUUUGAAUUUCAGAUUACUUUCGACUGCACUGAGGAACUUAACGAAGGUUUUCACAUUUUAUUUGUACUCUGUUUCUUUUAUAAAUGUCAUGAUUGAAUAGUAUUAACUCUCUUCAUUUAAAUCUAUUUUCUCUUGUGUAAAUCGCGUAGAUCUAGAGUGGAAGCUUAUUUAUGUUGGAUCGGCUGAGAGUGAUACUUACGAUCAAGUGUUAGACUCUGUGUUAGUUGGACCUGUCCCGAUCGGAAGACACACUUUUGUUUUUCAGGUAUUUCAUGACAUGUUUACUAUUUUAAGAUAAUUUAAGCCUUUCCCAUGCAAAUUCCAACAUGAAUUCGUACGAUUUACCCCUGUAAUUAAUGCUCCCUGUACAUAUACAAUUGUCAUCGUGUGAACUUCGAGUGAUCUACAUUCCCCUAUUGUCAACUUCUUAUAAUUUUGUUUGAGCUACUGAAGAAUUUUACCGAUUUCAUUAUGUUAUUGUUAUGACCUUGCAAGCUUGGUGUUGAUGAUGUGUUUUUGAUCGAUGAAGAAUUAACGUGAGGUCGCCAGAGAGAAAUCGUAGUUGUAUGUUUCGUUUUGAUACUGAAUUCAUUUGAUGAGGACUUCAUCCAUAAAUGACCAACGAUUUUACAUCAACUUCCAAAACUUAGCAUUUUGUCGACUUAAUGUCUUUCCGUGUACUCCAAGUCUUAUGAAGUUGAGUAGUAGAACAUUCAGAAAAUUUUUCCGAGAGUUGUAGGUUCGUUUCUGUUGGUAGCACUUGGAAUUUCUUUUUCUUAGUUUACCUGUCAUUUGCUGAACAAUUUCAUAAUUUAAUCACUGAAAAUUUUUGAGUGUCUGCGAAGGCACUUACCAGUACCAUGCUUUGUGACCUGUUCUCAGAGGGCAAGUAAGUUUGGUUUCUGUCAGAGCUAGUAAUCUCUGGACUAGGUAGUUUAGUUCUUCCUAACAUCACAUACUGUCAUUCAUUGUGUGGUGCUGAAGCACAGCUUACCACAAUUAAGAGAUUUCUAGUCAGAUGUCAUAAGCACAAAUACAAAUUUACAACCUACCUUCUAGAAAAACAGGAUUCUAAAAUACCCAAUUAGGUAGCAAAGUGAGAUUUACAUCCUCUUUGUUACCUUUCUUCUACUUUGUACUGUUUUACUCCAUAGCUCAAGAUAUGUUUUGUUUUGUUUUGUUUUUGUUUUUUUGAAGAAACAAAAACUAACAGACUAUUGCCAAAAGUAAAUGUAUUUGUGACAGUACAUGUACAUAACUUUUGUUUAAACAGUUAACACUUAUGUGUCCUGAGACACUUGUUAGAUAAUUUUAAAACUCCACUUGGACCUUGCAGAUUGACUUGGGUUAGACCCUGAAGCAUAUAAAGGCAAUAAACUGAUUUCAAGUUCAAAAAUUGAUGAUUAUUUGGUGUUUUACUGUCUUGUAUCUUUUUGUGGUUGGUGCAGUAUUAGUAGUGAAAUAGGUUUUUUCUUUCAAAACAUUUCAUUUUUGUUUGACUAUCGCUCAAUUUUUCUACAUUGAUAAAUGCUAAUGCAACCUCUGGCCACGAUAAGGGCAUCAAUAUAAUCAGCAAAACGCAUCACUUUACAAGCCCAGGCUAAAACCAAAGGAAUGAGGUGAUAAUUCCAAGUAGAGCAAAUUUCCCAGCAAAAAUCUAAUUACUCUGACAUUUAAAUAAUUUAAAAUUCAAGGUGCAAUCCAGUUUUUGAGUUACAACCUUUUUUAUUUCAAGUCUUCCAGUCUUCAAGGUGUAAACUUAUCAUGAUUGUAGCCCAAUACAUUGUAGUGAUGGCAUGUUCUUAAUUUUAUAACAAUUUUUUCCUUGCUGUGGCUGAACAGAGGAUACUUUCAAAUUAUCACUAAUGCUUGUCAAUGAAUACAUGUAGAUUGAUUGAUGAUGUUUCAACUUUGUUAAUGAAGUCCUGGGAGAUAUGUAAAAAUGAUUUUAGAAUUAAGUAGGCAAUUUUUCUUUAUUCAGUUUGAAAAGCUCCAGCUCCUUCAGUUUAGAAGUUAUUUUAAGAUUUUAUGGAUAUCAUUUGUUCUAGGUCCUCAUCAUAAAAUAUUUUUAUUUUUUAAAUUUGUCCUGUUCAUGCUGCACUAGACUUUGUUUUCACCCAUAAAGGGUACUUGUGUCUAUCUUUUGAUAUUACAUAAAUUUCCUUAAACCUCCAAAACUUCCUUUGUUACACUUUUACAGAUGCAUCCUUCAACAUUUAGAAAUUCAGUCUUUUGCACUUUUUGUUUAGGUUACAGUUAAUGUUGAGGGUAAAGAUUGUGAAUAAGCCUUCUUUGCCCUAUUUUAUACUUUAGUUUCAUUUGAUGCAAUUGAGACAUGUUUUAUGUUUCUUCCCUCUCUUAGGCAAAAUCUCCAGAUCCUAGUCAAAUCCCAGAUGAAGAUUUGGUUGGUGUAACUGUGAUCCUUUUAACUUGCUCAUACAAAGACAGAGAGUUUGUACGUGUAGGUUACUAUGUAAACAAUGAGUACAUUGAGGAAGAAAUGAGAGAGAAUCCUCCCACAAGGCCUGUCAUAGAAAAGGUAUUGUUAUGAUAAAUGGCCAGCCAUAUGCAUUUAUGAAUUUUUUAACCAGUUAGAGUGUUGUUCAUUGAUUGUGUGUUGUAAACUACCCUGUAUUUUAUUUGUUUUGCAUUUUUUUGCUUGAGCUGCAUGGACAAGAUUUUGUUGAGUUUGUAAAUGCAGGUGUUUGUUUAAAUUUAACUACUUUGGAAUAGCUAUAAACAUGUAUUUAAUUUAUCUUCACAUUCAAAAUUUUCCUUUUUAGUCAAUAUCAUGAACCAGUUAAUUUUUUGUUGUGAAUUCCUCACCACAGUUAAAAAAAAAUUGCAUAGUAAUCUGCAGGGAGUCCAUCAUAUUUAGUAUAAGGCCCUCUAUGAUUUGAUCAUUCCAUUUUCUUUUAAGUAUUAACCCUUUCACUACCAAGAUCUAAUUAGUAAUUCUCCUUACUAUCUGCCAUACAAUUCUUAUGAUGCUAGUUCAGAGAAUUUGGUAUUGGAUCAACUAAUAAUCCCAUGGUUGACAUUCUUCUCUAUUCUCAUCACCUGCCUACUUUUGGGAGUGAAAGUGUUAAAGUGUUAAUGUUUUACAAACUUUUAUGUUUUCUUUCAGCUCCAAAGAAAUAUACUUCAUUCAAAGCCACGAGUAACAAGAUUUAAGAUUGACUGGAAUGAUUAACUUAGGAAAGCAUGCUUUCACAUUUGUUACAAAAUUAUACAGCUGUAUUGUGUUAUAGAUUGCUUAAUGACCAUGAGAUUAGAUGUUAGAUUUUAGCAGGAACAAAAGGCUGGUUGAAAACUUAAAUAUUGAAUUCUAGGAGUGUUAUCCUCUAUGCAAACACAUGUGCAGCAGCUUUGUACAUAUUUUUAUUAUUUCUGUUCUGAAUUAUCAUUUCAAUGUUGGAAAAAAAACAGCAUCCUCUAGAAUAAUAAGGAGGUGUUGCAUUUUCUCAGCACAAAAUGAGCUGCGUUUUUCAUUUGAUAUGAACGUUAUAGUCAGCUCUUUGAGAAAAUAAUGUGGAACAUCCAUCCCAAUGCAAACUCUAAAUUAUUAACGUAAAUGGAGACACUUAUCUUCCUUCUUAAGGUACACUGUACAACUAAACCUGAAUCUUUGUAUUGAAUAGGAAGGGGAUAUAAAGUUUCCUGUAUGAUAAAAAGUGAAAAUUUUCAAGCAUCAUGACUACACAUCCCUGUGUUACACUAUAACUCUGUUAAAGCACUUCUUGUUACACAAAAUCCUGCCAACUCCCCUGUAGAUGCUUCUUUGGCUAUACUCUCAAAUGGUUAGAAAAAGUACACAACUGUAAUAUAACGAUCACAGCUUUCAAUGCAGAAUUUGAAUCUUCGCUGAUUUUCCACCAUAUUGGCUCAGUAACAUUUGUCAUGCAUACUCCAGCAUAGAAAAAAUAAAUAAAUAAACCAGUUAACACAAAUGAUCGGUGUAUAGCGUUACUUUCAAUACACAGGUUAUGUAAAAGCCUUGAGUCUCUGCGAUGUAAGAAUAGUUUUUGGAAACCAUCUUCCAUUUGCCUUUCCUCUAAAUAAACCAGCUUGUUCAGGGGCAUAACACAAACCCUCCGCUGAAUCAAGAACCAGUGCCUUUCGUAACAUACUCCAGACCACUAACCGUCAAUCAAAAGUUAAGCUUUUCUUGUAGUACCCAGUUUUAAUGGUCUCCAUCAAAGGGUUGUUGAUUGACGGUGAACAUAGAAAUAUCAAGGAACAAGACAUUUCGUGCCGAUUUGUAGAACUGAGUUAGAAUUUUCCCGAUGCAUGAACAUUUUGGGUAUCUUUCGGCGGGGUAGGUGUUGUGCUUCCCAUGUAAAAAAAAAAAUUGUACUGCAGCAUGGAUUGUAUUGUAUUAUUGAACACUUUAUUAAUUGGAGAUGUACAAAACAUGGAUGUUUAGCAAUAAAAUAUUUCUGAAAUU